AUGAGGACGACGACAAUAACAUCAUCCCUCGCCGCCCUGGCCUCCCUAGUCAGGGCAGCCGACCCCAUCUGGCCUCAGGACUCGGACUUUUUCGAAGACCUCCUCGCGAUGCAGAGCGGCUACAGGCGCUUCGGUUUCACAGACAUAGUCGUUCCUUGCAGCAACGAUGCGACCGUUCCAGGCAAGCAGGUCGCCGCCGAGUGGGUAAGAACCGCGUUCCACGACGUCGCGACUCACGACAAGGACGCGGGCACCGGUGGUAUCGACGCCAGCAUCUUUUACGAGGUUGCCAGGUCCGAGAACGCCGGCGCGGCCUUCAAUUCGACCUUUGGGGACCUUGCCGAGUUCCACUCCGCCCACGCCAGCGCCGCGGACCUCGUCGCGCUUGGUGUCGUGGCUGCGACGGCCUCGUGCGGUGGCCGGAUCAUCCCCUUCCGGGCCGGACGUAUCGAUGCUACCGAAGCAGGACCCGCUGGUGUGCCUGAACAGGAUCACGACCUCAAGAGGACACAGGACGCUUUUAUCCGCAUGGGCUUCUCCAACGAGGACAUGAUCACCCUGGUAGCAUGCGGGCAUACCAUCGGUAGCGUCCACGGCGACACGAACCCGGAGCUCGUUGCGGGGGUCGGUCUGGACCCGAACGCGCCCGCCAGCAAAGCAACAUUCGACAGCACCCCCGGACAAUUCGAUACGGUCGUCGUGACCGAGUACCUCGAGAGCGACGGCAAGAACCCGCUCGUGUUCGGGACCAACCAGACAACAAACUCGGACGCGCGCGUCUUUGCCUCGGACGGCAACGCAACUAUGCGCGCCCUCGCGGACCCCAAGACCUUCCAGGAGCGGUGCGCAGACGCCUUCGGCCGCAUGAUCGAUACGGUCCCCGCCGGCGUCCAGCUCGGCGAGCCCGUCCGCCUGUACGAUGUCAAGCCGUACAUUGGACGCCUCGAGCCGUUGGCCGGCGGCAAGAUUGCGCUCGAGGGCAGCGUGCGCGUGCGCACGACCGCCGACACGGGCCGCGACUCGCAGGGCAUCGACAUUGCGCUCAACCUGCUGGGUGGGGGGAACUCGACCACCAGGGUCGACGCAACAAGGGCGCGGCUGCGGGGCGGAGACUCGUUUGGUUUCUUGGGCGAGAUCUUUUCAUGGUGGGAGUUUUCUACGCAAAUCGAUGCACCACCUGCUGCUAUCGACGGCUUCACUAUCGAGAUGAGGACCACCGCCACGGGAGAGGUGCAGAAGCUCGACAACUCCGGAGCGGGCAGGUAUCCCAUCAGCGACGAGCUCAUGUACCUCGGUGCGCAAUCGUGCCUUGUGCUCACGCCGGACGCAAACAACAACUUUCCCGUGACGGUCCGGGCCGCAGUGCGGAAGGAGCUGGCGGCGCAGGGUGCAGUGCCGGUUUUGGAGGUUGGGCACAAGGUGCACACCCAGGGAGUAGCAAUCCCCAAGAUUGACAUCAGGAAGACCCCCAUGGCCAAGGUGGAGGGGCAGGAGCAGGGAGGCUAUGUACUGUUCGAGGCUAAGGACGCCUUGGAGCAGCGAGGUUGGUCCACCACCUUUGACCUCUCGUUGGAGAAGCCAUCGGGUGGAAAGGUUGUCGUGCUCUCGCGCAAGACCAGUUCUCUAUUGAAUAGUUGUGCGAACUAG